GUGGCCUCGCGCCUCGCCUCCGCCCCUUGGCGCUGCGCGCUCACGUCACGGUGGUGUCACGGCGGAGUUGCCAUGGCGGCGCUGAGCGGCCUGGCGUCGGCGCUGGAGUCUUACAGGGGCCGCGACCGCCUGAUCCGAACGCUGGGGUACUGUUGCCAACUGGUUGGUGGGGUCCUGGUGGAGCAGUGUCCGGCCAGGUCAGAAGUGGGGACGCGCCUGCUGACACUGUCCUCCCAACUCAGCCACUGUAGGACUGUCCUGCGACUCUUUGACGACAUGGCCAUGUUUAUCUACACGAAGCAGUAUGGCCUGGGGGCAGAGGAGGAAGACCUCUUUGUCCGCUGCAUAUCCGUCCUGGGCAACCUGGCAGAUCAGCUCUACUACCCCUGUGAGCACAUCGCCUGGGCCGCCGAUGCCAAGAUCCUCCGUGUGGACUCUGCCCGGUGGUGGACACUGAGCACGGCCUUCUGGGGCCUCUCCCUGCUGCUGGGCAUCGCCAGGUCAUUGUGGAUGGUCCUGAAACUGAGACAGAGGCUGAGGGACCCCGCGGUGGCCUUUACCAGCCGGCUGCCGCGGAGCAAGAGGAGGGCCUUGGAGGCCCAGGUUCAGUCGGAGGUGCUGACUCUCCUGAGCAACCUGGCCGAUCUGGCCAACGCCGUGCACUGGCUGCCUCCGGGCGUCCUGUGGGCCGGCCGCUUCCCCCCGUGGCUGGUGGGCCUCCUGGGCACCGUCUCCUCCCUCCUCAGUGUGUACCAGGCCGUCCGGGCCGGUGACUGGACCGAGGCCGCCGCCCCCUGACGUGGCCCGGGAGGUGUGGAUGCAGCCGGAACCCCACCGGAGGGCCCCCACAAGGCAGAAAUCAUCGGGGCUGGGGCUGGGUCUUUAAUUGAGCGAGUCAAUGCCAGGUGUAGGGAGGUACGGCCCAGAGAACGCUCGAGCAGCCUUGGGGACAAGGCCAGGGUGGGGCAGGAUGUAGGCAGGGAUGAGGUCCCCCGAGUGCUGAGGGCUAGGGCCUUCCGGGCUCAGUGGGGGAGGCUGCUCUCAGGUCCAGAGUAAGGGUCUCCAGGCCUCACGUGCAGAGGAACCUCAGCAGACCCUCACGUGGCCUGUGUCCUGCGUUCCAAUCAAGGCGAGCAGGGGAGCCCAGGGGGCGUGUGCCAGGCGGGCCUUCGGACAACGGAAACGAGGAUCAAUUAAAGGGUGUGCUGGUGCCAGG